CAAUCAUAUAAUUUAUAAAAUGGGAGGAAGUUCUAGUAAAGAAGAUGAAAACUAAGCUAAUCUAGAUUAGUAUUUAUAAAGUGCAGAAUAUAAACAAAAACUAAAUGCAGUUUAUUCUGGAUAAACAAAUCAAUAAUAAGCACUACAUGUUCCAUAAUAAUUAGAUGAUGAUGAUGAUUAUAUUAGUCAUGAUUAUUAGGGGAUCUAAACAAGAACGAAACCGAAAAUUGCUACAAUAUAAUCAACUACACUAAGUGCUUAAAAAAAUGAUAUCUAUAUUAAUAAAUCAACAUUUAAAUUUGUAAAAAUAAUAUUAAUCUUUAGAUAUAAAUAGGAGAGUCAACACUUUAAUUAACAUUUUAAUUUUCAUGUCCAGAUUAAACACAAAUCAAUGUUUGGUUUUUAGGUUAAGAAAAAUAAAAAACGGGAGAGAUUAUUUCUCAAUAUGGAAAUUCUUAAAUAUAAAACUAAAUGUUGGGAUUCUAUGUUUAAUAAGGAUAAAAUUAAGAGUUUUAAAAUUAAUGCAAAGUCCUUUUAGAUUAAAAAUUAGUAAAAAUAGAAUAAUUGAAACAUUAUUAAAUGACAUAAGAUGAAUAUUCAUUUCCUUUGAUAGUGAAAAUUGUAAUAUUAUUUAUAUUAUUAAGUCUAAAAUAAAUAUGGAUCAUUCAUUUACAUAUUAUUGUGCUUUGGAAAAGAGUUCAACUUAAUAUAUUGGAUAAUGUAUUAUAAGUAAAUUAAGAGUAAGAGUAAUUUAAAAUUAUAUAAGGUUAAUGGACAAGAGUUCUUGACAAAGGAUGUAUAUGGAAUGAAUGAAAGUGUUUUAGGAAAGAAAAAUGAUAGGUAAGAUAGAUAUAAUAAUUUUAGUGAAAAAGAACCUUGCAGAAUAUGUUUAACAAAUAUUAUUGAUACUAUGAUUUAACCUUGUUAACAUGUAAUUCUGUGUUAAGAAUGUUGUUAGAAUUUAAGAAUGACUGGUCAAAGAUGUCCUAUUUGCAGAUAAGGUAGAUAUAAUUUAUUUUGUAGAGAUUAAGGAGUUUAUAAUUAUUGCAAGGGCAAAUUGAAAUAUUAUAAAUAUUUUUAUU